AUGAGCCUCUGUCAGAUCUGGGAAACGACUCUCAAAAUUCCACCAGUUUGCAAGCGCUGUGCCAAAAAAAGUUCGCUGCUUAUUACCGGGCCAGAAAACCCAAACGGCAACGCUGGGCGUCCCUAUUACAAAUGCAUAGCCUGCAACAGGUUUUUCACCUUCGCCGACGACCGGGGUACGAAACUCGACAGCCCGUUAUGUGACUGCCGGGAGCCAAGCAGGCUCCAGCUCAAUGGACGUGAUCGGACGCCUGCCUUUGGCCUGCAUUGUGUUUGCAAGUAUGGGGAGUGCGACUUCUAUAGAGUCAUAGUUGGGAAGGACGGGAACCAGUUGUGUGUGCUAGAUGACGUUGUGCGGGCUGUAUUGAUCGAGAGAAUGAUAAUCUAG